UUUAGGCGCGCGCCGCUAACCCGUCACAGGGGCGCGACGGCGAGGCGGGCGGGAUGCGGCUGUCGGUGGCGGCCGCCAUCUCUCACGGGCGCCUGUACCGGCGCGUGGGGUCGGGCCCCCGGUCCCGCGUCGACCUGCUGCGCAACCUGGUGACGGCGCUGGUGCGGCACGAGCGGCUCGAGGCGCCCUGGGCGCGCGCCGACGAGAUGCGGGGCUACGCCGAGCGGCUCAUCGACUACGCCAAGCGGGGGGACACUGACGAGCGAGCCAUGCGCAUGGCGAAUUUCUGGCUGACGGAGAAGGACCUCAUCCACAAGCUGUUCAAGGUGCUGGCGCCCCGCUUCCAGCCUCACCCCGGCAGCUACACCCGCCUGCUGCAGAUCCCCAACCGGGACGGCACGGACCGCGCCAAGAUGGCAGUCAUCGAGCUGAAGGGGAACCCCUACCCGCCGCUCAUCCGCCCGCGCCGCGACAGCGAGAAGACGCUGCUCAACCAGCUGCUGAAGGGGUACAGGGAGGACAGCCGGCGGGAGGCAGCCCCGCGGCUGCCCGAGGGCACGCCGCUGUAGGCAGCACGCUGUGCCCCAAGCGGCAUCCCACAGAUUUACAGGGAUGGGGUUUGCCAUAAGCUGCCCGCGCACUGUGCAGUGGGUUUGCCCUCUGGGAGGAGAUGCCUCAGUGCUCUUCUGAAGCACGGGAUCAAAAGAUGUCCCAAGAGGUCACAGGGCUUAUUCCUAGCCUUAAAUUGUCACAACAGCAGCACAAGCUCGAGGUUUACUUGCCCCUUCCUGUGCUUUCAUACUCAGCAAGAGAAGGAAAUCAAGCUGGGAGCCCUAAUGGUUGAUAUUCACUGUGUAAAUAAACUAUUUAGAAAGUGA